AUGGGGCGAGACAAGAUCGAGCAGUAUUGCGAUUCCACGCUGACGAUUAGUUCCGAAUACGCCAAAGAUUCGUCUCGAUCCAUUGGGGAAAUUGCCGAGGAGCUCUAUGGGAGUAAUGUCAGUUGAAAUCUUUCCUUCCAUGCCACUGCUUCGCGAGUGAUGCUGACAACAGGACAGCACUUGUCCACCGUCGUCACCAGGAAACCAGACCAACGAGGCACUUCCUCGCAAAACGACUUACAAUGGGCACGAAACCGCGGCCAAUUCGGCGACACGCAACCCAGCGAGCUCUUCCUGCACGCUUUCCAUGAUCUCUUACAAUGCGUGGAACGAGAUGCAAUGUCGAAUUGCGUUUCCCCUCCUUUGAUAGGAACGACCGGGUCCGCUCCCAUGACCAUUAUCGCUCCUUUGAAUGAUCAGCUGAGACAUAUGUCGAACCUGAUUGCGAGGGCGAAGAAAGAAGUUUUGCUGGCGACGAAUUUCUGGAAAGCUUCAGGGGCGAGCACGUUUGUCACCGAUGCUUUGGUCGAGCUUUCGAAGAGGGCCGGCGAGAGGGGCGAGAAGGUUGUGGUGCGGUUGAUGUACGAUCGGGGGGCUCUGAAGCAGGUGAGAUGUUCUUCGUUCUACCGUGCUUACAAUUGGGCUGACGGAGGCUCUGUAGUUCCUCGACAACCACCAGAACGUUUCCCCAAAGGAAUGGCAAGCUGCUGCCGUUGGCCUCCCUGCUCCAGAAAAGAUUCCCAACCUCGACCUUGCGGUCGUCAAUUUCCAUCGUCCUCCUCUCGGAACGUUUCACUCCAAGUUCAUGAUCGUCGACCGAUCUAUUGCCACGGUCUCGAGCAACAACAUCCAAGACAACGACAAUGUGGAAAUGAUGGCUCAUCUGGAAGGCCCUAUCGUCGAUAGUCUUUGGGAGACUUUCCUCGUGUCCUGGCACAACCACACUGACCCUCCUCUGCCCUAUCGAGAUCUCCCAGCCGCCAAGAGCGUCCCGCCUACUUACGAGGAAGAAUCCUACAAAGCACUUUUCGAAUCCGACGGCUCCUUUCGUCUCCCAGAAAGAAAAGUCGAAAUGGAUAUGCCAGAACACAUGCCCAACGAACCACACUAUGACGAAACUCUGGCUUCGGAGAUUCAACGCAUGCGCUGCACACUCAACCCUCGAUCUGGAGAGAACCACAACGACGCCGUAGCCCGGCACCUCAACAAACCCACCAGCCUCUCCCUCAAGGCAAGCGCGCCAGAACGCUCAGAACAGCUCAACUUUUUCCCCUUCAUCCCCGUCCCGAAUCGCCAAGCUGUCCCCAUGGCAAUGUGCUCGCGAAAGCCCUACGCAAACCUCAACAACGAAUCCGUCUUCGUGCCCCAAAACGAAGCCUUCCUCUCCCUCAUCCGAAACGCCACCCGAACCAUCUUCAUCCAGACUCCCGACCUCAACGCGAAGCCUCUCCUCCCGGCUCUCAUCAGCGCCUGCAAGCGCGGCAUAGAAGUCACAUACUACGUCUGUCUCGGCUACAACGACGGCGGCGAACUCCUACCCGGCCAAGGCGGGACCAACGAAAUGGCAGCAAACCAUCUCUAUUCCCAACUGGAAGCAGACGAGAAGAAGAAUCUGAAAGUCUUCUUCUAUGUCGCCGCGGAUCAGGAUCGGCCGAUUCAUAAUUCCUUCAAGCAGAGGAGUUGUCACAUUAAACUGCUCAUUGCGGACGAGAGUGUCGCGAUUCAGGGCAGUGGGAAUCAGGACACACAGAGCUGGUAUGUUGCCGGUUUUUUUCCUUCUCCGUUUCGGCCGGAUCCCGAUGCUGGGGUCGAUUUGACUGACUGACCGACUUCGCUUCGCCUGCAGGUUCCAUAGUCAAGAAGUCAACGUCAUGAUCGAUUCGCCCGUAGUCUGCAAAGCUUGGAGAGAAGGAAUUGAGCGGAAUCAGAACACCGCCAUAUACGGAAGGGCCAAGGAGGACGGUUGUUGGUACGAUCCGAAGACGGGCAAAUUAGCAGAAGGAAGGUGCGUUGGUCCCGUCCCCUUUUUCCCACAUCACGAAUCCGCCUAUAUUGGAUAGAUAACACAUACUGAUCCGAUACGUGUGCUGCAGCUACGGCCACGACGCGGGUAAAUUCUCCGCCUUCAAAGGCUUCUCCGGCAUCUUGAAGAAAGCUGAAGGGAAAUAG